GGUCGGCACAAACAGGUUGGAUCGAAGGAUCUGUUUCCAUGCUGUACAUCUCUAUUACUCUAUGCUGUGAAAUGAGGAGACCAUCGGAAACAGGUGGAUCCUGCCAGAACUGGUUGCUGUCGGACUUGUUACACUGCUGAUGUUUGUCUCCAUGCAUUGGUUCAUAUUUCUACUCAAUCUGCCAAUAUCUGGCUGGAAUCUUUACAGGUACUUGGCAGUCCCCUGUGGUAAUGUGGGAGUCUUUGACCCAACUGAGAUUCACAAUCGUGGACAGCUGAAGACUCACAUGAAGGAAGCAAUGAUUAAACUGGGAUUCCAUCUCCUCUGUUUUUUCAUUUAUCUAUACAGUAUGAUCCUGGCUUUGAUAAAUGACUGACAUUGUUUCUGGACUCGUAAAUGGCAGCAAGGUAAAAGUGCAGGCUCAAGACUGUCACUCCCAUUCUGUUUGGUUCCGUUGGAAGUUCUCGAACAAGCAAAGGAUGCAUCAUGCAGUUUAUUUUUUGGACAUGAUUGAAAUGUGUUUUGAGAUUAUUUUUUAAACAAUAAAGUUACUGUUUAAAAAGA